UUGCCCAGCCCUCCUGCCCGUGUACUCACCAAGUGUAGCGAGUGCAGUCGGUGCGUUUUGGUUAAAGCCCGACUACCCUCACUGGGAAGCUGGGCACUGGCAAGGAGGAUCGGGGGCCCCGUGGUGGCUGCAGAGAAGAGGCAUAGAACUCAUCCCAUAUGGCUUCUUUGUAGCACAGUUUCCAUCAUCAUUUGGGAUUGUGGAAGGGUCGUCACUUAGAAAUCACCUUGAAGUCGGCCCCAAAGUUCACUUGACGACUAUGGAGAUGCAGAGGUGGUCCACAAGGUGGAAAACGAAACGGUGGCUUAUGGAUUCUUCUGUAGCUGCAUUUGUUACGUUAACCCUGGUUCUACAGACUACCGGUGUCUCGGCAGCACAGGAAGUGGAUGUGCUAAAAGUAUUAGAAUUUCACAAUUACCCAGAAGGAGUGACAAAAACAUCAGGAUUUUGCACAAACCGAAGAGCAUCAAAGCCGGACGCUGCUUACAGAGUUGGCAAGCAGAUCCAGAUCAGUGCCCCUACCACGCAGCUAUUCCCUGAAGGUGUUUUCCCUGAGGACUUCUCCAUCGUGACUACAGUACGCCCCAAGUCUGGCCUCCAGUCCUUCCUGCUGUCUAUUUACAACGGGCAGGGGGUCCAGCAGCUGGGGAUCGAAGUGGGACGCUCACCUGUCUUCCUGUAUGAGGAUCAGAAUGGAAAGCCAGCCCCGCAGGACUACCCUCUAUUCCGUACACUCAACCUUGCUGAUGGAAAGUGGCACCGUGUUGCUAUUAGUGUGGAGAAAAAGACAGUCACCAUCAUUGUGGACUGCAAGAAGAAGAUCAUCAAACCUCUCCUCAGAAGUGACCAGACCUCCAUCAGCACCGAUGGGAUUACUGUCUUUGGUACCAGAAUCCUUGACCAGGAGUUUUUCCAGGGUGACAUCCAACAACUUCUGAUCAUUGCUGACUCCAAAGCAGCGUACGACUACUGUGAACAUUACAGCCCGGACUGUGACACCCCCCACGGCGAAUCCCUGCAGGCCCAGCAGCCGCAGGAAGAGUUCACUACUGAUGAUUUAGAAUACUCUCAGUUCUAUGAUUAUGCUGAGGGAGCCAGUGACAUCGUUCCUACCGAUGAUGAGUAUUCUGAGCCGCAGAGAACCAAACGUAGUGUCUCCAUGAAAAAGAAGAGGACCCGAAAGUCCCUCAGUAAAACUAAGGCCAAGCCCUUAAAGUUCUUUGCUGGCAAAAAAACACCGACUAAAAAGUUUGCCGCUAAGAAGAAGCGACAGAUGCCUGGCUACCAAGCCACAGCGCCGGCGCGACCCCGAGGCGGUUUUAGGCUAAGCAAUGUAGAAGAUUACAAUACAGGCAUUGACUACGGAACUGUAGAUGAUUCUCAGACUCAGUCCCCCUUUGCCACGCAUGGAUCCAUUGAGGCUGUAGAGGAGGAUGUUGUCGGUGAUUAUGUCACCCAAGCCCCUCCCGUUGCUCCGGAUCCCGCCGUUGUCCAAGAAACGGCGGAAAAGGUGGACACUGGUGUGGAAGCAUAUGACUUGAAGGAAUACGAUGACCUAAAGGAGUAUGACUUGGGAGAGGUUGACAACAGGUUGUAUGAUUAUGGGGCAUAUGAUGAGUACGGCCCCGCCCCCUCGAAACCGUCUACCGCCUAUGAUGAGGAAUUGGGGCCCGGGGUGGCUGCUGAAACGGACGUUUCUGAGAGCGCCGUUGCUGGAGCCGGAGGAGCCUUUGGCCAAAAGGGAGAGAAGGGCGAGCCUGCUGUGAUUGAACCUGGUAUGCUGAUUGAAGGACCACCAGGACCUCCUGGCCCAGCUGGUCUUCCCGGUCCCUUAGGCCUACAAGGACCCCCUGGUACUUCUGGGGAUCCUGGUGACAGAGGUCCUCCGGGUCGUGCCGGUUUGCCCGGAGCUGACGGCAUGGCCGGACCUCCCGGUACCAUGCUGAUGCUGCCAUUCCGCUUCGGUGGCGAUGGUGAGAAGGGUCCGGUGGUGUCGGCCCAAGAAGCCCAAGCUCAAGCCAUCCUUUCCCAGGCUAGACUGGCUAUGAGGGGACCCCCAGGGCCGAUGGGCUUGACAGGAAGAUCAGGGCCAGUGGGUCUACCUGGCUCAACUGGACUCAAAGGUGAAGGUGGAGAUCCCGGUCCUCAGGGGCCCCGCGGCGUCCAAGGGCCACCAGGACAAAUGGGAAAAGCUGGCAAAAGGGGUCGUGCCGGAGCCGAUGGUGGACGUGGGAUGCCAGGAGAGCCAGGCAGCAAGGGUGACCGAGGCUUUGAUGGACUUCCCGGACUGCCUGGUGAAAAAGGACACAGGGGUGAGCCAGGACCAAUGGGACCCCCAGGAUCUCCUGGAGAGGAUGGACAGAGAGGCGAGGAUGGAGAGAUCGGACCCAGAGGGUUGGCUGGCGACAGUGGUCCAAGAGGUUUGCUGGGACCCCGCGGUUCCCCCGGACCUCCAGGCUCACCUGGUAUUGCUGGAGUUGACGGGCCUCAUGGUCCAAAAGGAAACAUGGGACCACAAGGAGAACCAGGACCACCGGGCCAACAGGGUAUUUCAGGGACUCAGGGUCUUCCCGGUCCCCAAGGCCCUAUCGGACCCCCUGGUGAAAAAGGACCCCAGGGCAGGUCAGGGUUGCCUGGACUACCUGGUGCGGACGGACCCCCUGGUCAUCCAGGCAAGGAAGGUCCGGCCGGAGAGAAAGGAGCCCAAGGUCCACUGGGUCCACAGGGUCCAAUCGGCUAUCCUGGUCCUCGUGGUGUCAAGGGUGCUGAUGGUGUGAGAGGCUUGAAAGGCUCAAAGGGAGAAAAGGGUGAAGAUGGUUUCCCAGGUUUUAAAGGUGACAUGGGAAUCAAAGGAGACCGGGGUGAGGUUGGCAUGUUGGGGUCCCGUGGAGAGGAUGGUCCUGAGGGACCUAAGGGAAGAGCUGGCCCCAAUGGAGAAUCAGGCCCCCUUGGUCCUGCUGGAGAAAAGGGUAAACUUGGAGUACCAGGAUUGCCGGGAUAUCCAGGAAGACAAGGACCAAAGGGCUCCAGUGGUUUUCCCGGAUUCCCGGGAGCCAAUGGAGAGAAAGGUGCCAGGGGUGUUGCAGGCAAACCUGGUCCAAGAGGACAAAGAGGUCCAACGGGUCCUCGUGGGGCUCGAGGAGCCCGAGGCCCAACAGGAAAGCUAGGCCCCAAGGGCACAUCAGGCAACGAUGGUCCUCCAGGCCCGCCUGGUGAGAGAGGACCUCAAGGACCGCAGGGGCCUGUGGGCUUCCCUGGACCAAAAGGACCACCUGGACCACCUGGGAAGGAUGGACUGCCUGGACAUCCGGGCCAGCGUGGUGAGACAGGUUUUCAAGGAAAAACUGGUCCACCAGGCCCAGGCGGUGUUGUCGGGCCACAGGGACCCACAGGAGAAACCGGUCCUGUUGGUGAGAGAGGCCACCCUGGACCUCCAGGUCCACCCGGAGAGCAAGGUCUCCCUGGAGCUGGUGGCAAAGAGGGAGCAAAGGGAGACCCCGGACCGCAAGGUUCCUCUGGUAAAGACGGUCCUCCUGGCCUCAGAGGUUUUCCAGGCGAGAGAGGUCUACCUGGUGCCACGGGUCCUGCAGGUCUGAAGGGCGGAGAGGGGCCCCAGGGUCCACCUGGACCUGUUGGCUCUCCUGGUGAGAGAGGUGCUGCUGGUUCAGCAGGUCCAAUUGGCCUGUCUGGUAGACCUGGGCCACAAGGUCCCCCAGGUCCUGCUGGAGAGAAAGGUGCACCUGGUGAGAAAGGUCCUCAAGGUCCAGCUGGUCGUGAUGGCGUCCAGGGUCCUGUGGGUCUACCUGGACCUGCUGGACCACAAGGUCCACCUGGAGAGGAUGGAGAUAAGGGAGAGGUUGGUGAACCCGGCCAGAAAGGAAGCAAAGCUGAUAAGGGAGAACAGGGUCCUCCUGGACCAGCAGGUCUUCAAGGUCCCAUUGGUGCCCCAGGUCCUGCUGGAGCUGAUGGAGAGCCUGGGCCCAGGGGUCAGCAGGGUAUGUUUGGACAGAAAGGUGACGAAGGAUCCAGAGGGUUCCCUGGACCACCUGGUCCCAUCGGCCUGCAGGGGCUUCCAGGACCUCCCGGUGAGAAGGGAGAGAACGGUGACGUUGGCCCUAUGGGUCCUCCUGGCCCCCCUGGUCCUCGAGGUCCUCAAGGUCCAAGUGGAGCUGAUGGUUCACAAGGUCCUCCAGGCGGUGUGGGUCCAGUAGGCUCAGUGGGAGAAAAGGGUGAACAAGGUGAAGCUGGAAACCCGGGACCACCUGGAGAGCCCGGCACCGGGGGACCCAAAGGCGAGAGAGGAGAGAAGGGUGAGGCAGGACCUCCUGGUGCUGCUGGACCCGCAGGUGCUAAAGGACCCCCUGGAGAUGACGGUCCAAAGGGUAACCCUGGUCCCGUCGGAUUCCCCGGAGACACCGGUCCUCCUGGAGAGCCAGGCGUUGCUGGCACGGACGGAGAACCUGGAGAGAAGGGAGAGGAUGGUGAAACCGGUCAAGCGGGACCCCCAGGUCCAUCUGGAGAAGCUGGCCCACCUGGACCUCCAGGCAAAAGAGGACCUCCGGGAGCUGCUGGUGCUGAAGGCAGACAAGGCGAGAAGGGCGCCAAGGGUGAGGCUGGGUCCGAAGGUCCAGCGGGUAAAACAGGACCUGUUGGACCUCAGGGACCUGCUGGAAAGCCUGGUCCAGAAGGUCUACGUGGAAUCCCUGGCCCUGUUGGUGAACAAGGACAUCCUGGUGCAUCAGGUCAAGAUGGCCCACCUGGACCAAUGGGUCCUCCUGGACUUCCUGGUCUGAAAGGUGACCCAGGCUCCAAGGGUGAAAAGGGACAUCCAGGUUUAAUCGGUUUGAUCGGACCCCCCGGUGAACAAGGAGAAAAGGGAGACCGAGGUUUGCCUGGACCGCAAGGGUCAUCUGGUGGCAAAGGAGACGGUGGUAUCGGUGGAUCAGCAGGUCCUCUCGGUCCCCCCGGUCCCCCUGGUCUACCUGGUCCCCAAGGUCCAAAGGGAGCUAAAGGUUCAUCUGGUCCGGCUGGUUCUAAAGGAGACAGUGGAGCUAUUGGUCCUCCGGGUCCUCCUGGUCCACCGGGUGAGGUCAUCCAGCCACUGCCCGUCCGCUCCCCCAAGAAGACCAAGCGUUCCAGCGACAUGCAAUCCGAUGCGGCCGGUACCUUCAUGGACUACGGUGAGGGCAUGGAGGACAUCUUUGGCUCUCUCAACAACCUUAAACAGGAUAUUGAGCGCAUGAAAUACCCAAUGGGGACUCAGAACAACCCAGCCAGAACAUGCAAGGACCUGCAACUCUGCCACCCGGAGUUCCCCGAUGGUGAAUACUGGAUUGAUCCAAAUCAAGGUUGCUCAGGGGAUUCUUUCAAAGUCUACUGUAACUUUACUGCUGGGGGAGAAACCUGCAUCUACCCCGAUAAGAAAUCCAAUGGGGUCAGAAUAUCCUCAUGGCCUAAAGAAGUUCCAGGGUCAUGGUACAGUGAAUUUAAGCGUGGUAAAAUACUUUCUUACGUCGACUCGGAGGGCAACUCGAUUAACAUGGUGCAGAUGACCUUCCUCAGGCUACUGACAGCCUCGGCGAGGCAAAACUUCACCUACAGCUGCCACCAAUCCGUGGCGUGGCACGACGCCACCAGUGACAGCUACGACAAGUCGCUACGCUUCCUGGGUGCUAAUGACGAGGAGUUGUCUUACGAUAACAACCCUUACAUCAAGGCCCUCUCAGACGGAUGUGCGACGAGGAAGGGCUACGGAAAGACUGUGAUGGAGAUUAAUACUCCCAAAAUCGAUCAGGUUCCAAUCAUCGACGUCAUGUUGACUGACUUUGGGGACCCAAAUCAGAAGUUCGGGUUUGAAGUCGGGCCCGUCUGCUUCCUCGGCUAAAUAAAAAUGACCAAAAAAAAAGGACUUGAUGGGGUCAGCAGAGAAAGUCAAGUUGAAGCCCCGCCCCCAAUACCCCCCCCCCCCCACACCAACCCAGGCUUUUUCUAUGCCACAUGCAAGUUUUGAAUAAGAGAUGGUGUAGCAAACAUGUCCUUUCCAUGUAUGUACGCGUAAACCCGGAGAAUACUUGUUGCCCUUGUAGGGCUGGAACCACAUGACCCCAUCACGGAGCAAAAGGUGAAGGACAUUUUGAAAGCGUGGCAGAGGAGGCGGGCCAAUCGGAGCGAGCCCGGGGAGAGGCGGCGGACCUCCUCUCCGGAUUCUCCAGGUGCUGUAGGAAAAUCAAAUGGUGCUUGUUCAAAAAACACACUCCAAAGGAAUAAAGAGGUGCUAAGCAAAGAAAGAAGGUAUAUUUUGAUAAUAAUAAUAAAAACUGUAAGUAUUUUGUACAUUACUGUUAUUUCUGAAUCCAUUUUUCAAAACUUGCAUGUGUUCCAUUCUGCUUAUUUCAGCAAACGGAUUCCACAUUUGAAUUCUGUUUACCAAAUACUGUGUGUACCUUUUUCAUCAGGCAAAUAAAGUGAGCAUCCAAACAAUUCUCCAUUGCCAAAUUUAGACUUUGCCCUUUGUAUAUAUUGACACUCCAAAAAGCUUUGCGACAACAUAACGCCAACAUCUCCCACUAAUGUUGUGAUCCUGUGCUAGUAGCAAUCAUGGCAUUCAUUUAAUUAAUUUAAUUCUAUUUGUUGCUUUUUUCUGUUUUGUUUUCUGACAGGCUUUUUAAUUUUUUUUUUUGGUUGUAUACCUCAGACUUUCUUGAUAACCUUUUAGGAUGCAAGGAUGUUAUACCCUGUAUAUACCUUGGUUAAACAAUUAAGUUGAUAUAUUUUGGGUGGGGAUUAUUUUUGAAAAGAGAGAGUUCCACAACUGCUCGACAUCCACUGUUCAAAUCCUUUCUGUGAAUGCAAUGAGAAGCCCCUAAGGUGACCCAUUUUUGUAACUAAAUGUUUUUUUUUUCCAUGUUGCUUUUUAUAGUUCCAUUAAAUAUUAAAACUGGAUUGGAAACAACAGUGAACUGAAUGUCUCAGUGGUUUGUGUAAAACGACGUCAACUAAAAACUUUGGGCUGGUGCAAUUCCGUCUCUCUUGAAACCAAUAAAGUUCCAUCUUACAAUA